GUCCGCCGGGUUACAGUCCCGUCCCGUCCUCUCUCGAAUCUCGAUCGAGCGAGGAAUGUCCACGCCUCGACCGAGGAUGCAUUUCUGAGGGGGAUCUCAUUUUUCUGGUAUAUCUGUGUCCAAAGCCGCCAAAAUCUACGCAAAACCCAAUUCCUUCAAUCAUCCGUCAUCAUCUGUCAUCGAUCUACCCUAUACAAUAUUUCGAUCCAACCAGCAAAACCCUUUUGUUCGUCUCUCCAGCGGUUCCUUACAACUGGGAUCUUAUAAACCCUCAUUUUGUCCUCUGUCCGAACGUCGACUAGAGGACCUUGAGUUUUGGGCCCUCUCUCUCUCUCCCCUCUGUCUCUGUUCUUUGGUCCAAAUUGCUUGGAUUCGUUUGCUGUUUGAACUGUCUGUUUGGCUUCGCACCGAGAGCUGAUCUGUGAAUUCUGUGAAAUUCGAUUAAGGUGUGGUUGUUGAAAUGGCGGGCCAAAACCAAGCACCGAACGUGGAUAUGUUUGAUACUUAUUUUCGAAGAGCUGAUUUGGAUCGGGAUGGGAGGAUAAGCGGAGCUGAAGCCGUUGCCUUCUUCCAAGGUUCAAAUUUGCCAAAACAAGUCCUCGCACAGAUAUGGAUGCAUGCUGAUCAGAACCAGAGUGGUUUUCUUGGUAGGGCAGAGUUCUAUAAUGCUCUCAAAUUAGUUACUGUUGCACAAAGUAAGAGAGAAUUAACCCCAGAUAUUGUAAAGGCAGCAUUAUAUGGUCCAGCUGCAGCUAAAAUCCCUGCACCCCAGAUAAACCUUGGAGGCACAUCUGCACCUCAGAUCAGUAAUAUGACAGCUGUGCCUUCUCCUCAGAUUGGUGCAGUUGCACCUACUUCAUCCCAGAAUGUUGCCUCCAGAGGCCCACAAGGUAUUCCAAAUGCAAUUAUGAACCAGCAGUUUUUCCCUCUUCAGGACAAUCAGUUCAUGAGGCCACAACAAGCUAUGCCUGCUGGUUCUGCUUCACUUACUACACCAGGGGUCACUGGUCAAGGGUACCCUGGGACAGGAACUCUAGCAGGCCCACGCCCUCCAAACUCAAAUGUCUCAACUGAUUGGCUUGGUGGAAGGAUCAGUGGAGCUCCAGCGAUAGCAACCUCACAAAUUUCUAAUAGGGGGAUUUCUCCCUCCGCAAGUCAGGGUGGAUUUGGACUGGCACCUUCAGGAUUACCACCUUCCAUGCCACCCGGUACCUCUGGGCUUACAACUUCAGUUGCACCAAAACCACAAGAUCAGGUCUUAGCAUCACUCCAACCUGUAGCUAAGGAUUCUAAAGCAUUGGUAGUUUCUGGAAACGGGUUUACUUCUGACACGGGUUUCGGAGGAGAUGUGUUCUCUGCAAAAAAAGAUUCCUCUGCACCUACAUUUUCUGCAAGCAGUGUACCUAUGUCAUCUGCCAUAGUUCCAGUGUCCAAAGGGCCUCAGCCACCAGUUACACAGGGGCCACUUGACUCUUUGCAGAGUCCAUUCAUGACUCAACCUGCAGGUGGUCAGCUUCAGCAGCCCCAGUCACUGGAGAAACAAAAUCAGCAGGUUUCAACACAGAACUCUGCAUUUAUUUCAUCAGGAAUUUCGGUUAGUUCUGGCAAUUCUGCUCCCAGCCAGUCGCAUCUUCCCUGGCCAAAGAUGACUCAAUCUGAUAUUCAGAAAUACACAAAAGUAUUUGUGGAGGUAGAUACUGAUAGAGAUGGAAAAAUCACUGGGGAACAGGCCCGCAACCUGUUUUUGAGUUGGAGACUCCCAAGAGAGGUCUUAAAGCAGGUCUGGGACUUAUCUGAUCAGGAUAAUGAUAGCAUGUUAUCUUUGAAAGAGUUCUGUACUGCACUCUACUUAAUGGAGCGUUACAGGGAAGGCCGUCCUCUACCAGCAGCACUACCAAGCAGUAUCAUGUUCGAUGAGAAACUCUUGUCCAUCACAGGUCAACCACCUUCUGGAUAUGGAACUGCAGCUUGGGGAUCCACUGCUGGUUUUCAACAACAGCAAAGGAUGCCUGCUCCACAGACAAUCAGGCCUGCAGGUAGUGUUAGGCCACCAAUGCAAGUUCCUAUGCCCUCUCAAGCUGAUGAGAGGGGACAACCCAGUCAGCAAAAUUCAGGAGUGCCAGUAUUGGAGAAGAACCUUGUUAACCAACUCAGUAAAGAGGAACAGAAUUCAUUAAACUCGAAGUUCCAAGAGGCAACAGAAGCAGACAAAAAGGUGGAAGAAUCGGAGAAGGUGAUUCUAGAUUCAAAAGAGAAGAUUGAAUUCUACCGCAGUAAAAUGCAGGAGCUUGUUUUAUACAAAAGCCGAUGUGAUAAUCGACUUAAUGAGAUAACUGAAAGGGCUGCUGCUGAUAAACGUGAGGCCGAGUCACUAGCUAAAAAAUAUGAAGAGAAGUACAAGCAAGUAGGAGAAAUAGCAUCUAAAUUAACCAUUGAGGAGGCUACCUUUCGUGAAGUUCAGGAGAGGAAAAUGGAAUUAUAUCAGGCAAUUGUCAAAAUGGAACAAGGUGGCAGUGCAGAUGGUAUUCUUCAGGUUCGUGCUGAUCGCAUCCAAUCAGACCUAGAGGAGCUGGCAAAGGGUUUAAAUGAGCGUUGCAAGAAACACGGAUUACAUGUUAAGCCAACUACACUCAUUGAGCUUCCACUUGGCUGGCAACCUGGCAUCCAAGAGGGGGCAGCUGUUUGGGAUGAAGAUUGGGAUAAGUUUGAAGAUGAAGGAUUCACAUUUGUCAAGGAGCUUAGUCUUGAUGUACAAAAUGUCAUAGCACCACCCAAACCAAAGUCAACAUCAAUUUUCAAAGAGAACAUUUCUGAAGAUGAGAGUUUUUCUGCAGCUUCAUCCCUAAAUGUUGAUAUUAAGCCAGAAAAGCCUACAGGUGUAGGUGAGCAAGUCUAUGAGUUUGGAUCAGCAUAUGCUCAAAGUGAAGAUGGUUCAGCAAGAAGCCCACCGGGUAGCCCUGCAGGAAGGAGCACAUUUGAAAGCACAUACCAAGACUUUCCUGAUACCCAUUCUGGAAAGAACAUUGGGGCAGAUGGUUCACCCCGUGCUAAAGGAUACCAGAGUGAUCAUGGUGGUUCUGAAUCUAUGGUUUCUGGGGACAAAAGUUUUGAUGAACCUACCUGGGGCACCUUUGACACAAAUGAUGACAGUGAUUCUGUAUGGAACUUUAACAAGGACUUGGACCAGGAGAGUCAUAGAGAAAAUUCUUUCUUCGGCUCCAGUGAUUUUGGUCUAACCUCUAUUAGAACAGAGUCCCCACAGGCAGAUAGCAUGUUCCAGAAGAAGAGCCCAUUCAAUUUCGGAGAUUCUGUUCCUAGUACCCCACUCUUCAACUCUGGUAAUUCGCCGAGGUACAGUGAAGCAGGGGACCACUCCUUUGACAACCUUUCAAGGUUUGAUUCCUUCAGUAUGCACGACAGUGGACCUUUUGCACAACGUGAGACUCUUGCAAGGUUUGACUCCAUUCGCAGCACCAAUAACUUUGGCCAUGGCCGAGGGUUCUCAUCUUUUGAUGAGGCCGAUCCUUUUGGUUCAACUGGGCCAUUUAAGCCCUCAUCAGAAAGUCAAACUACAAGAAGGGUUUCUGAUAAUUGGAGUGCUUUCUAGCCAGUAGAAUAGUUUAAGCUCUUUUGUGGUUAUGAUGGCCAAUUCUUUCUCCUUGUGUGCUACACGCGCUAGUGAUUGGAUGGUUCCAAUUAUUCUCCUUGGAGUUUACUCCUUUCUGUAUCUCUGCAUAUUUGAUUCUUUUUUUUUCUUGGGGGCUUUCCAGGAUGAAUAUCUUUGCCUUUUUUUUUUCCUUUUUUCUGGUCACCUCUUGAAUAAUCUUUAUAUUAUAUAUAUAUUCUUCAUUAUUUGUGCUUCGGGAGUUAUUCUGGAGUAUGAUGUCUCAUUUGC